AGGAAUUCGGUUCGGAUUUUCGGUAGUGUCGCGCUGGUGUUAGUUUUUAGGGAAGCUUGCUCGCUGUGGUUAACCGGAAACCCCCCAUCGCCAUCUUGUGCCAACGGGGGGAGAGGUUUUUCAAGGGUGGGUGGCUUUGUUAGGUAAAUAGCUUUGUUGGGGCGAUUUCGAGGUGUUUGCUUUGUGUUAUUGCUGGCGGGGACGUUUUUCUCGCCGGGCGCCUGUCGGAGAUUAACGAAUAACCUAUGAUUGACGAACGACGAACCAGCCACUAGGUGACUAGUUCCGAAACAGUGGUACUGCAGUGUAGUGUAGUGUAAUCAGUGAAAAUUAGCUGAAAAGAAAAGUGCUGAUGGUUUGCUAAGGGAUGCGUGAAUUGAAGUGACUCUCACUGCCAAGGGUGCUGCUGCUACAAAGUGUCACCUUCAGGAAAAUGCGACAUUACACAGUAAUGUCCUGUCAGUGCUUCCGAUGCUUGUGAGGAAGGAAAAAAACAUUACUGAAACAGAUAGGCAGUUAGUAAGCGGCAUAACUGUGCGGCGUUUGACCGAAACCUGACAGCCCCAGAAGCAGUUCGGACUCAGUGUCGUACGGUUGAGUUUCCGCUGGUAAUACCGCAACAACAGUCAGUGCGCUCCCGGUUGGUGGCGGAAAAUGUGAGUGGGAGCUAAGUCUGUUAUUUUUUUUUGGUUUUCUCGGCGUCCUAUUUUUAUGCUCCUACAAAGUGAACUUUUGGGGGUGAAUUAGAUUAUUGUGGUGGGUGGAACUGGCUGGCUGAUUUCCAGCAGACGCUGUCAGGGCAGUAAGACGCCACAAGGAUUGGCUGAAUCGUAACCAAGUGAGGUUUGCUCGCCCGAGUGCGAAUCGGUAGUAUGUGCUAAGGUGGAUUUUAUUGCUUUCUGAGUGUACGAAGUAGGACGGAAACGAAAGGAAAUUAUGCGCGGUUAGUCGUGUUAGUGUGUCUGAUUCGGUGGAGCAUAAUUUUCGGGGUUGGGAAAUAUUUGGCUGGAUCUGAUAAACUCGUUGUGUAGUGCUAUUGCAAGGUGAAAAGGGAAGACCAUUUGUUCCGUUUCUCUUCUGGCGCUGCGAAAAGGUUCCGUUCGAUGGAGCGACGAAAAAUUGAUAACAAAGUAAUUCAAACGAACAAUCGAACGUGAGCGGCGAAAGUCAUAACAUAAACUCCAGAAGAGAUUGUUUUCAUUGAAAGUGACGCAGGAAGACGGUGAAUGGCUUGAGAAUCGGAUUAGAGUUCUGAAAAAAAAACAUUGGUUGUCAUCUCGCGUUAAUGUUGCUAAGAAUUGUUCAAAAUAAAGGGUCUGAACAUUUUGCUCACGAGAAACUCGUCCACAUAUAAUAGUAACUCGUGGCCGGGCCCAUCCAGCUCGAAUUAUCUCUGGUUAAUAUUGCGACGCUUUGGGCAGCACCAUCGGCGACGAUGAUGGCCAACCAACCGUCAUAUCAAUGUGAAGGCGUCGAUGGGAACCCGGACGACGACAGAGCACGUGAUUCCAUCGGUCUUCAGGAAGCAAAUGACAGGAGAAAUUUUCAUACAAUUAAAACCAUUACACCGAGGAGCACUUUAUGGCCAAGAAGCCACAAUCGUUAACAAUAAUAACACUGUUAGCCCUGACUGCUGUGCGGUAGUUCCGAAGCUUUCCUCGCCGCAUGAAAAUGGUGGAAUAAGUGAAGUUAAUUACGGUAUAAUUAGACGCAAUUCGAAACAAUCAACCUGCGGGAGCACGGACCCCGGCGGCAUCGGUGCUGGUGAGGAUUCCAAUUUGCUGUCACCGAACAACUCUCGGUCCAGCAUGAGUCAGUCCCAGUCGCCGACGCAUCUGUCGCCGGUUCGACAGAAGGCGGACUCGAUCUGCUCCCUGUCGGAACUGGACGAGGUUGGCGUCUUCUUCGACGAACAUUCGACGGCCAUCGAGCGGUGGUUCCGAGAGCGAGCACCGGUCGAUGUCAUCGCUAAACUGCAGUCAAUUACAGCCGAUAUGACCAAGGCCGCACGGUCGCCGCAUCGGGCGUCUGUCACUUCCGAUCUGUUCCAGCAGUGGCUAGCUUCAUCCCCCGUGAAGAAAUGCCGCUCGCCAACCUCCCGGGGCUCCAAUCGCAGCCGUCUGGCGGAACUAGACGAAGGUGAACUGUUCAUGGAGCUAAUCCGAGACGUGGCCAACGAGUUGGAUAUUGACGUGUUGUGUCAUAAAAUUCUAGUCAACGUCAGUUUGCUGACACACGCGGACCGGGGCUCGUUGUUUCUAGUCAAAGGACCUCCGAACGGGAAAUAUCUGGUGGCGAAACUGUUCGAUGUUACCCAACAUACACCUCUCGACGAAGCGGUCCGUCGUGCCAAGCAGGACGAACUGAUUAUCCCGUUCGGGGUCGGCAUCGCCGGAACGGUAGCUGAAACGAACGAAACCAUCAACAUCAAGGAGGCUUAUAAGGAUCCUCGUUUCAACAGCGAAAUUGACCAAAAGACCGGUUACAAAACGAACAUAAUCCUGUCGAUGCCUAUCUGCAACUACGAGGGACAGGUAAUUGGCGUGGCGCAGAUUAUCAACAAGACAAAUGGAUCACCCGAAUUCACCGAACGGGACGUGGAAAUAUUCCGUCGAUAUCUGACAUUCUGUGGGAUUGGUAUCCAGAACGCUCAGUUGUUCGAGAUGUCUGUCCAGGAGUACCGUCGGAAUCAAAUCCUGUUGAAUUUGGCACGGAACAUUUUCGCCGAACAGAACAACCUGGAGUGUCUAGUCACUAAAAUUAUGACCGAAGCUCGUGAGCUGCUCAAGUGCGAACGAUGUGCCGUUUUUCUGCUGGAUCUGGACUGUGGCGAAGCGAACCACCUCGAGCGGAUGUUGGACCGACCGGAGAAGUCCUAUCAAACGCUGUCCCGGCGAACAAGUCACAGCGUCGAUGUCGAGGACCUAAUCAAACAGCAGAAAACCAAUACGGCUCGAUUCACGAUGAUUUUUGAACUGGGCAGCAAUAGUCAAUCGGCGUCGGCGAAUAUUUCGCAUCCGUCCGUGAACGACCUGAACAGUUCCACGCUAGCCCAGAUUGCGGAGUAUGUUGCCAGUACCGGUGAAACGCUCAACAUCAACGAUGUCAACGAGUGGCUCAAGGACAAACCGAUAUAUCAUCCGCAACAGCAGCAACAUCAGCAGCAGCAGCAGCAGCAUCAACAGUCACAGUCUGCAGCUACCUUGGGUGGCGCCGGUGUAGGUCAGCAGGGUUCGUCGGACGAGCUGAGCGCCCGAACCAUUCUCUGUAUGCCGAUCGUCAACGGACAGCAAACUGUGAUUGGUGUCGCUCAAUUAAUUAAUAAGGAAAACAAUCUUCAAUUUACUAGCUGUGAUAUUUCAAUAUUCGAAGCAUUCGCCAUCUUCUGUGGACUGGGCAUCCACAACACGCAGAUGUACGAGAGUGCCUGCAAGCUGAUGGCUAAGCAGAAGGUGGCCCUGGAGUGUUUAUCCUACCAUGCCACUGCACCCCCCGACCAGACACUGAAGCUAGUCAACGACACCAUUGCUCCGGCCGAGGAAUACAAACUGUACAGUUUUACGUUUAUCGAUUUCGGCUUAGAUGAUGACGACACCUGUCGGGCUGCUGUUCGGAUGUUUCUGCAGUGCAAUCUGGUGCAACAGUUCCACAUUCCAUACGAUGUCCUGUGCCGUUGGAUUCUAAGCGUGCGCAAAAACUACCGGCCCGUCAAAUAUCACAACUGGCGCCACGCGCUGAACGUAGCCCAGACCAUGUUCGCCAUGAUGAAAACCGGCAAGAUGGAACGCUUCAUGACCGAUCUGGAAAUCCUGGGUUUGCUGGUGGCCUGUCUGUGUCACGAUUUGGACCAUCGAGGCACGAAUAAUGCAUUCCAGUCGAAAACCGAUAGCCCACUGGCGAUUCUCUACACCACCAGCACCAUGGAGCAUCACCACUUCGACCAGUGCGUGAUGAUACUCAAUUCGGAGGGAAACAAUAUAUUUCAGGCACUUUCCCCGGAGGACUUCCGCAAAGUGAUGAAAACCGUGGAAUCAGCCAUCCUGUCCACGGAUCUGGCGAUGUACUUUAAAAAACGGAAUCAAUUUCUGGAAUUGGUCGAAGGUGGUGAAUUCGAUUGGCAGUGCGAGGAAAAGAAAGAAGUACUCUGCGGCAUGAUGAUGACGGCAUGUGAUGUGAGUGCAAUUGCUAAACCCUGGGAGGUCCAGCACCGGGUGGCCAAACUGGUCGCCGACGAGUUCUUCGACCAAGGCGAUCUGGAAAAAUUGCAACUCAAUCAACAACCCGUGGCGAUGAUGGAUCGCGAACGCAAGGACGAACUACCUAAGAUGCAGGUCGGCUUCAUCGAUGUGAUCUGUUUGCCACUGUACAAAGUACUUUCGGAUGCCUUCCCCUGGAUACGACCGCUGUACGAGGGUACCCUGGAUAACCGGCAGCACUGGCAGGACCUGGCGGAAAAGGUGGAAAUGGGUCUUACUUGGAUCGAUCAUGAUACGAUCGACAAACCGGUGGAGGAGUUUGCCUCUGGAAAGGAAGCCCUCGAUGACAUCGAGUUCACCGUGACGACACUGAACUGUGCCACCCACCCGGAGGAAAAGACUGACACUACGCCGAUACACGAACGGAAGCCUCGCUUCAGCAGCCUCCGUAAGACCGGUGCCCUCGGGAAGGCCGUCCGCAGCAAGCUGUCCAAAUCGGUAUACAAUAGUCAUAGCAGCGCGGGUUCAACCGGAACACCAGACCGUCCUCCAUCUGCCGUUACGAACUGUUCCCUUAGCUCCAAGUCGCAGGACGACGAGAAACAGCUACCGGAAGAGCACUUCGAUGGUGACACAAACCAAAACCACAACACGCCUCCGACACCGAGUGCGAUCAACAAUGGGAACGGCACUGCAACGUCAUCUACUGUCGAGCCGCAGAUUAUCAAAGCAUCUUCCGCCGUCAAGCCAGUCAAGAAACGCUCAAAAUUGUGUAUGCUUUUGUGACCGAAGCACUACGACGGGAACUCCGAACACGGGGAAGCCACCACCAGUGGGCAGGAGAAUUCGGUCUAAGUCGUGACGUGGGUUUUAACCGUUUGCUGUGUUUUAUGGAAAAGGCUCUUAGCUGUGUUAUUAGAAAAAGAAAAAAAAGAAAUGGAUCCGACUUUUAUAAAACUGUUCCUCAUGAACCCAAAAGCUGCGGUGUUGAUUGAAGCUCCAAGUGGAUGUGUGUGUAUUAUGAAUUUUAAAUAGAACAAGACAACCUAGAUGUCAAUCAAAUGAUCCGUUUUUUUGCUAAAACGUAUUUUCUAUACACAUUUAAAAAAUGAAUCCGCUCACAGACUCUUGGCUCUGUGCUACACCUUGAAAUGCAAUAUUUAGUUUGUUAAGUAAACAAAAAAACCUAAAGAAGUAUAUAAUCGUCAAAGCUGUACACUGACAUGAAUGGACAAAACGAUAUUCGAAAAAUCUUUGUAAAGUAGUAAAAAUCUGUAAGGUGCUUUCUAUACUUAGUAGUUUAAUAGUUUAGGUGAAUUACUUUCCGUAUCCCUGAUAGCCCAUAAGCUUGAAAUGUUAUAUUUCGAACCCUAAUAUAUAACACUAACUUCCGACAGUUAGUAAGCGUAAUCCAUCCAGGAAGCACAUCUCGCUUUAUAUUCAGUAAAUGCACCUCGAACUAAGUUGCUACCAUGCACUGGCAGGUACAGCAAUAAUUUGUGUAGAACACAAAACCCAAUUUUAAACUAGUCAUUAAAUGCGUUCCAACCUAGGAGGAAAGGUGAGAAAAAGCACUGAAUCCUCAGCAUUCUUGUAUGUGUGAGAAUUGUUAAAAAAAACUUUCGUUUACUGUUUGCUCUUGCUUAAUGAAUUUGAAUAAAAAAUAAAUAGAUCAAAAUAGAA